UGUGCCCGCACACAGCCUUGGGUGGUGCAGGAGAAGCAGCCCCGAGGCACCGCUGCUCCAUCCCUGCAUCCUCCCCCUCCUCUGCUCGGGGCUGGGCACCGCUCGUGGGAGGGAUUUCUGACCGGCAGCGGGGAAAGAGGCAUGUGAGGGAAAGGAGCUGGACCUGGGGAAGGCAGGGGGAAGUUUCCUGACUGCCCUGACCCGCAGGGAAGCUGCUCUGGUGCGUGUGUGUGUGUGUGUGUGUGCCGAGCUCCUCUCUCCCAUCUCCGGAGGAUGCGCUGAAGGAUCACCCUGCCUGCUUCGGGAAAAACCCCUGCGAGGUGCGAGUCUCCUGCCAGAAGAGCACCCCUCCUUCCUACUUUUUCCUUGCUGGAUUUCAAAGUGCCUCGGGAAGGGGAUGGCAGCUCCGGAGCAGCUCAGCCCGCUUGGGGCUGCUCUGCUGGGCACAACCCAGCUCCUGUGAGCCCCCAGCUCCUCCAGCUUUGUCAGGCGGCAAAUCCCAGGAGGAAAAGUCACUCCAGUGCGUUUCACCGCGAGCAGACGAGCAUGAGGAGCCGGGUUUGGCCCGGGGAAAAAUCCAGCUGCAACCUGCGCUGUGAUUUCCAGCGGAGUGAAGAAAGUGGCUGAGCAGAGAGGGAGGAAGCAUCCAGGAAGGAUAAAUCCGCUCUCCCCCCUGUGCUGCCAUAGCUUUGUGCUCUGCAAGGACAGACGGACACGGGAGCAGGAGACUCCCAGGAUUCCCGGGAUAACCGCUGGAAACACCUGGAGGGAGGGAGAGGAGCUGUGAUGGAGUUUCCUGCCGUGGCACUGUCACUCAUCGUGGCGCUGCGAAUGUCCCCGCUGGCUGCUGGCACCAAACUGCAGCCCCACAUGCCGAACGUGUGCGCGGAGCAGCAGCUGGCAGUGGUGGGGCUGCGGCAGCCGUGCGUGCAGGCGGCCCGGCUGUGGCAGCAGGACUGCGGGGGCCGCCGCUGGUGCGCGGGCCACGAGCGCAGGGUUGUGUAUUACACGGGCUACAGGCAGGUGUACCAGCUGAGGUCCCAGACCACCUACAGGUGCUGCCCAGGAUGGUCCCAGCUCGCAGGGGAUGCUGGCUGCCUGCACAAUGUUGACGAGUGCCAGGUGCACAACGGGGGCUGCCAGCACCGCUGUGUGAACACCCUGGGCUCCUUCUACUGCGAGUGCCAGCCCGGCUUCCGCCUGCACACGGAUGGCAGGACCUGCCUGGCUCUGAACUCGUGUGCUCUGAACAACGGAGGCUGCGAGCACGACUGUGUGCAGGUGACCCUGGCCCAGCACCGCUGCCAGUGCAGGCACAACCACCAGCUGCACCAGGAUGGCAAACGCUGCAUCUUGAGGAACCCGUGCUCUGACAGGAAUGGGGGCUGCAUGCAGCGCUGCCUCAACCACCGCGGCCGUGCCCGCUGCGAGUGCCACCCUGGCUACCUGCUGGCUCCUGAUGGCAAGAACUGUGAAGAUGUGAACGAGUGCCUGACAGGGCUGGCCAUGUGUGCACACCAGUGCCUCAACACCCGGGGCUCCUUCAAGUGCACCUGUAACCCGGGCUACGAGCUGGGCGCGGACGGCAGGCGCUGCUACCGGAUAGAAAUGGAGAUUGUGAACAGCUGUGAGACCAACAACGGGGGCUGUUCCCACGUGUGCCACCACACCAGCUCUGGCCCAGUCUGCACCUGUAACUUUGGCUUUAGGCUGGAAGAGGACCAGAAGUCGUGCACUGAUAUCAAUGAGUGUGACACGGGCUCUCACUGCUGUCAGCAGGACUGCUACAAUUACCCUGGGGGCUAUGAGUGCUCCUGCCAUGCUGGGUACAGGCUCAGCACCGAUGGCUGUGGCUGUGAUGAUGUGGAUGAGUGCUCUGCCAACAACGGUGGGUGUGAACACACGUGCCAGAACCUGCCAGGCUCCUUCCAGUGUGUCUGUGACAUUGGGCACAAGCUGGAUGAAGACAGAAGGAGCUGCAUCUCCCUCGAGGACACGGUGGAGGCCCUGGAUGGCCGGCGCCCCGUCAUCCGCCCCAUCCCUCACGUGGCCAUCCUGCGGGACGAGCUCACCCAGCUCUUCAGCCAUGACUACGAGGAAGAGGAGGAGGAGGAGCUGGAAGCGCGAGGGGAGCACACGCUGUCGGAGAAGUUCGUCUGCCUGGAGCACACCUUUGGCCCUGACUGCAGCCUGACCUGUGAUGACUGCCAGAAUGGAGCCACCUGCAGUGCUGAGGGCAGCGGCUGCAUCUGCAUGGCUGGCUGGACUGGUGUGCUCUGCAACCAGACUUGCCCAGCCGGCACCUUCGGCAUCAACUGCAGCCAGAGCUGCCGGUGCCAGAAUGGUGGCACCUGUGACCCUGCCAAUGGCAGCUGCCGCUGCCCGCCCGGCGUGGCUGGAGAGCUCUGCCAGGAUGGGUGCCCCAAGGGAUUUUACGGGAAGCACUGCAGGAAGAAGUGCAACUGUGCCAACCGCGGUCACUGCCAUCGCAUCUACGGCGCCUGCCUGUGCGAUCCUGGCUUGUACGGCCGCUUCUGCCACCUGGGCUGUGACCCUGGCUAUUAUGGAGAUGGCUGCAAGAAGAAGUGCAGCUGCUCUCCAGGAGUUCCCUGUGACCCUGUCACUGGCGAGUGUCACAAGGAGUGUCCCCCAGGCUACCAUGGUGAGCACUGUGACCAAGAGUGCCCUGAGGGGACAUUUGGGCCAGGCUGUCAGCAUUCCUGUGCCUGUGGAGAGGCGUCCUGUGACAGGAGCACGGGGCAGUGCCACUGCCCACCUGGCUGGACAGGACACGACUGUGCCCAAGCCUGCCCUGAGGGUCUCUGGGGGCCGGGCUGCCAGGAGAUCUGCCCUGACUGUGCCAACAAUGCCAGCUGUGACCACGCCACUGGAGCCUGUGUGUGCCCGCCUGGGUACACCGGGCAGCGCUGCCAGGAUGCCUGCCCCGAUGGAUUUUAUGGACUGGAGUGUCGGCAAGCCUGUGACUGCCUGAAUGGUGCCCACUGUGACCCUGUGACAGGACAGUGCCAGUGUCCCCCGGGCUGGACUGGUGCCCGCUGUGCCCAGGCCUGCCCAGAGAACAGCUACGGCCAGAACUGCAGCCACACCUGCCGGUGCUUCAACAACGCCACCUGCAGCCACAUCAGCGGCCGCUGCCUGUGCCCCGAGGGGUGGACAGGACCCUCGUGCCAGCAAGCCUGCCCAGUGGGGUUUUAUGGCAAGGACUGCCAGCAGCGCUGUCUCUGCCACAACGGUGGCACCUGUGACCCGGCCACGGGGAGCUGCACUUGUCCUGCAGGCUGGACGGGGCUGGCCUGUGAGCUGGUGUGUCCACCCGGCUGGUUCGGCCCUGCCUGCCAGCUGAGCUGCAGCUGUGCCAACGAGGGACAUUGCCAUCCUGUGACGGGGACUUGCAGCUGCCCACCCGGCUGGACAGGGCACCACUGCCAGCGAGCCUGUGACCUGGGGCGUUGGGGCCCUGACUGUGCCCACACCUGCAACUGCAGCAACGGUGACGGCAGCUGCAGCGCCGAGAGCGGGCNGGGCUGCAGGGCGAGCGCUGUCACACAGGUACCUCCAUCCUCUUCCUCGCCCUUCCCGAGGGCAUCCCAAGGGCCAGACACACAGAGCAGGGGCUGGAUUCUGUGGCUGGAUUCUGUGUCUCACACAGGCUGCAAGGAAGGGACGUAUGGAGAGGGGUGCCAGCAUCUCUGUGACUGCCCCAGCGAUGUCCCCUGUGACCCGGUGAGCGGGCGCUGCCUGUGCCCCCCGGGCAGAACCGGCCCCACCUGUGCUGCAGAGUGCCAGCCCACCCAGUUCGGCCCCGAGUGCAGCCUGGCAUGCCAGUGUGCCCCCAGCAGCUCCUACUGCAACGCCAGGAACGGGCAGUGCCAGUGCCUGCACGGCCACACGGGACCCACCUGCCGCGAAGCCAUGCAGUCCCUGCCACCCACCAGGCCACCACCACCAGCCCUGGAGGGGCUCCAGCCAGCAGAGGAGCCUGGGGGAACCAGCCCCGCUCCCCGUCNCUGCCUGUGCCAGCCCGGCUGGACCGGUGACAAGUGUGACACAGCUUGUCCAGAGGGGCUGUUUGGGGCACGCUGUGAGCAGCUCUGUGACUGUGGGGACAACGUCUCGUGCCACCACGUCACCGGUGCCUGUGACUGCCCCCGGGGCUGGAGGGGCCGGCGCUGUGAGAAAGCCUGCCUGCCAGGUUUCUUUGGGAAGGACUGUGCCAGCCGCUGUGGCUGUCCCCUGGGAGUGCCCUGUCACCACGUCACCGGCCAGUGCGGCUGCCCGCCAGGACUGACCGGCUCUGGAUGUGAAAAACCCUGCCUGCCUGGGACCUUUGGGGAGGGCUGUGCUCAGAUCUGCCAGUGCUCCGGAGCCACCCAGGAAUGUCACCCUGUCACCGGGGCCUGUGUCUGUCCCCCUGGCUUCCACGGUCCUGCCUGCCAGCUGGGUGAGUCCUGCUCUGCAUCCCCUGUGCUGUCUGGNUGCCUGGCCGGCUACACGGGCACCCACUGUGAGCAGAAGUGCCCAGAGGGGUGGUUUGGGCUGAGCUGUCGGCACCAGUGCCAGUGUGACAAUGGAGCCACCUGUGACCAUGUCAGUGGGGCCUGCACCUGCAGCCCAGGCUGGCGAGGAACCUUCUGUGAGCACGCCUGCCCCGAUGGAUUUUAUGGACUGGAGUGUCGGCAAGCCUGUGACUGCCUGAAUGGUGCCCACUGUGACCCUGUGACAGGACAGUGCCAGUGUCCCCCGGGCUGGACUGGUGCCCGCUGUGCCCAGGCCUGCCCAGAGAACAGCUACGGCCAGAACUGCAGCCACACCUGCCGGUGCUUCAACAACGCCACCUGCAGCCACAUCAGCGGCCGCUGCCUGUGCCCCGAGGGGUGGACAGGACCCUCGUGCCAGCAAG